AUUCUCUCCACCGUCAACGACGAGGUAUCAGAUCUCAUCAUCUCUUCCACCACAUCCGCUGCAGAUCUUUGGAAAUCGAUUCAUAACCUGUUUCACGAUAACAAAGCGGCAAGAGCCAUGCAAUUGGAGCAACAAUUCUUCAACACCGUCAAAGGAACAUCUACUAUUGCCACGUAUUGUCAGACGCUUCGAAAUAUUGUCGAUUGGCUUGACGAUGUCGAUGCCCCGGUCAUCGAGAAUCAACUUGUCUUGCAAACCCUACGUGGCCUCCCGGAGGAUCUAAGCAAUCAAGCGUCGUUCUUACAGUUUCAAAAACCCCCGCCAACAUUCAUGGAGACCCGAUCAGCCCUCCUUCUUCUCGAGGGACAGCGGCGACCUGCCGCCGGCGAGGGGAGCAUAGCGCUGGCAGCACAGGGCGGAGGAGGCCCUCGCGGCCCUGGCUUCGGUGGUCAUGGCGGACAGCAUCUCGGACUCAGAAGCGGCAGUAAUGGACCGUCCCAGGCGUAUGGCGGACGGGGACAAUCGCACGGAGGCCGCGGUGUACGACCGACUCGCGGUCGAGCCCAUCAAUUUGACACAAUGACCCUUCAGGAACCCACAUGGCUCAUGGACACCGGUGCAGCUCAUCAUAUCGCCUCCGACCCAGGAUCCUCGAACGGGCAACGUGAUUCAUCGCUCCAAUGACAACGGCCCCCUCUACCCCCUGCACCCGCACGUCCCACUUGCUCAAGCACAUGUUGCCUCUGUUGACACCCAGACGUGGCAUCGUCGUCUUGGCCAUCCUAGCCCAGCUGUUUUCCAUGCCAUUCCCCCUUUAUCUGUUUUUAAUAAUAAACAUUUUUACGAAAA